UUUAUUUCUCCAAAGGCGGCUCACGUGCAUGGCAUGCAUACAACAGCAGGCGUAGGCUAUAUAUAGGGAAGAUCCUGCCGUUUCCCAUUUAUCACUCACUCCUGGAAGCUGGCCCUCUGCCCCUCCACUGGAAGAAGAUCAAAUCCUAGGGUUUGCGAGAUUCACAAUUCCGUUGUGCAAUUUUUGGAGUGAGAAGCCUUAAAUUCCUACAUACUUGCAAUGGCUUCAAAACGCAUUACUAAGGAAUUGAGGGACCUACAGAAGGAUCCUCCUGUUUCUUGUAGCGCUGGCCCUGUUGGUGAAGACAUGUUUCAUUGGCAAGCUACAAUUAUGGGCCCAGCAGACAGUCCUUAUGCCGAGGGUGUAUUCCUGGUGAACAUUCACUUCCCCCCAGACUAUCCAUUCAAGCCGCCUAAGGUUUCCUUCAGAACAAAGGUAUAUCACCCCAACAUCAACAGCAAUGGAAGUAUUUGUCUUGAUAUUCUGAAAGAGCAGUGGAGCCCUGCUCUUACAGUUUCUAAGGUACUGCUGUCAAUAUGCUCACUGCUUACAGAUCCAAACCCAGAUGACCCUCUGGUGCCUGAGAUUGCUCACAUCUACAAGAACGACAAAGACAAGUAUGAGACGACUGCACGUUCUUGGACUCAAAAAUACGCCAUGAACUAGUCUAGCCCCUUCUGUUCCUUUGCUUUUCUUUAUCCUUCAAGUUGGUGCUUCCGCUUUCAUUUCAUAAUAAUCCAUCCAAGCUGUGUAUGAUCAAUAUUUCACAUUUCUCUUUCCUUGUAGCUAUUGAUUUCAAUUCCAAGUCGUUAUUUUACUGA